AUGCCGCCUAAGAAAGAAAAUGUUCAACAAAUUGACAUGGGAUCGCCUGAAAAGCAUGAGAACACACACGGACUACAUUGGGCAAUGGCAUCGGUGUUCGUAGUCGGUGACAUGGUCGGAGGUGGAAUGAUAGUGAUGCCAAAUGCAUUAGUAAAUGCUGGUCUAAUUCCUGGUAUAUUGAUGAUCUCUUUAUGUGCACUUUGUUCCGGGUAUACUGGAUUGCAGCUCGCAUCCAACUGGACCAUGAUGCAGAAACGAUGGCCGAAGUACCGUAAUCACUGCCGUAAGCCAUACAGUGAAAUGGCAUACCGUGCGAAUGGGCCAAAAAUGAGGUCUUUCAUAGCCGUCAUGAUAUGUCUCACACAAUUUGGAUUUGCAACUGUUCUCACUUUGUUAGCCGCAAAAAACUUGUCUAUCCUUCUCAACUUCUUUUUUGAUCUAAAGUGA